AUGACUUGCCAGGUCCUUGUUGAUGCUGUUGACCAGCGUCUUCAUUGGGUCAUCCUCCCGAGGGAUUUAGGCGUUUCUAUCGCCCAAAAGUAUCUCAAAUUUGUUGACGUAGUCCUCUUUGUUAAGAAUAACUGUCAACCGUCCUUUUUCGGCUGGAAGAAUGACAAUGGUUUUGUCGGCAUUGGCACUGGCAUUGCUCACAUACCGGAAGCAACAAUCAGCAGACAGCCUAUGCGGCCUAAAGACCCAGUACCCGUUAACCAAAACUCCGGUGUCAUCGACUGUCAUUGUGGUAUAACCAAUUAUGUUGGUGAAACCGUCAAACGGGUUCUCACGAGAAUGCACCAGCACGAACUCGCCGUGCGACGGAAUGACAAGCUUUCUUUGGUAGCCGCUCACGCAUCCAUACCAGGGCACGACUUCGAUUUCGGAACACGUGCGAAUACUGGGUCAGUCGGACGACCGAAUCUCACGUCUUUUGCAGGAGGCAUGGCGCCUUCUUUAUAUAUAACUUUUGGAGGAGGCGUAAUUUGCAAGCAAACCAUUACAUGA